AUGCGCAUGAGCAACGUCUCUUACACCUACCCGGGCGCUCCCCGCCCCUCGCUGCACGAUGCCUCGCUGUCGCUUACACUCUCCUCCCGUGUUGCUAUCAUUGGUGGAAAUGGUGCCGGAAAGUCUACUUUCAUCAAGAUUCUGACUGGUGAGACCAUUCCUCAGGGCGGAAAGGUGGAGAAGCACCCCAACUUGCGUAUCGGUUACAUCAAGCAACACGCUCUGGAGCACGUGGAGAUGCAUUUGGAGAAGACUCCCAGCCAGUACCUCCAGUGGCGUUACGCCAACGGUGACGAUCGUGAAGUGUUCAUGAAGCAGACCCGUAUUCUGACUGAGGAGGACAAACUUCAGCUGGAGACGCCAAUUGACCUGGGUGACGGUCGCGGUGGCCGUCGCAUCGAAACCUUGAUUGGUCGUCAGAAGUGGAAGAAGUCCUUCCAGUAUGAGGUCAAGUGGGUUGGCCUUCUCCCCAAGGACAACACCAUGAUCUCGCGUGAGACCCUGCUCGAGCGCGGUUUCUUCAAGCUGGUUCAGGAGUUCGACGAUCACGAGGCUUCCCGUGAAGGUCUGGGCUUCCGUGUUCUUGACCCCAAGACCAUCACCAAGCACUUCGAGGACAUUGGUAUGGACCCUGAGAUCGCCAACCACAACGAGAUCUCCGGUCUUUCCGGUGGUCAGAAGGUCAAGGUCGUACUUGCUGGUGCCAUGUGGAACAACCCUCAUCUGUUGGUCCUGGACGAGCCGACUAACUUCUUGGAUCGUGACUCGCUCGGUGGUCUGGCUGUUGCCAUCCGUGACUUCAAGGGUGGUGUUGUUAUGAUUUCUCACAACGAGGAGUUCGUGGGCGCUCUUUGCCCCGAGCAACUGCACAUUGCCGACGGCCGUGUUGUCAGCCGUACCAACAACGCUGUCAGCCUCGACCGCUUCGAGGAUAGCGCUACCAACUCGCCUUCCGGCCCUGGUACCCCUGCUACCGGCUCGGCUGUUACCAGUGCUGCCCCAUCCGCCGUCAACUCUGGCGAUGAAGGCGACCUCAAGUUCCGUGCCAAGAAGAAGAAGAAGAUGACCCGUGCUCAGCAGAAGGAGCGUGAGAUUCGCCGUCGUCUGCGCUACAUCGAAUGGUUGAACUCCCCCAAGGGUACCGCCAAGCCCGCGGACUCCGACGACGAAUAG